UGGUGGCAGAUGCACCCAGCAGUGGCAGCCGCCGGCGGCGCACAGGUGACCGGCCUGCGGCUCAGCCAGGUCGGGGAGCGCCCGGGGACUGCUAGCUGGAGCGGGAGACUGAUCCGCCCCCAGCGCGCGCGUGUCUCGGCGCCAGGAGCCGUCCCGGGGCGUGUUGGCGAGAGCUGAUAUAGAUAUAAGGACAUUUCUCUCCAUGGCGUCACGUGACAUAAUUACCACCAGAAUCAAUCAAGAUGAAUUGCACGUCAGCGCCCGGUGGGGAUUUUUGCUUAGUUGAUCCUGGCCCAAGCCUCUUGUGCAAUCGAUGGCUCAGGUUGGCGGCGCGGGGAGCGGCCCGGGGCUCGCCGGCGCGCACGCCGCGGAGCCAUGAACGACUUUGAUGAGUGCGGCCCGAGCGCAGCCAGCAUGUACCUGCCCGGCUGCGCCUACUAUGUGGCCCCGUCGGACUUCGCCAGCAAGCCGUCGUUCCUAUCGCAACCGUCGUCCUGCCAGAUGACUUUCCCCUACUCUUCCAACCUGGCGCCGCACGUCCAGCCCGUGCGCGAAGUGGCCUUCCGCGACUACGGCCUGGAACGUGCCAAGUGGCCGUACCGCGGCGGCGGCGGCGGCGGCGCUGGGGGCGGCGGCGGCGGGGGCGGCCCCAGCGGGGGCGGCAGCGGCGGCGCCGGGGGCUACGCUCCCUACUACGCGGCGGCGGCUGCGGCCGCGGCAGCGGCGGCGGCGGCAGAGGAGGCGGCCAUGCAGCGCGAGCUGCUGCCUCCCGCGGGCCGCCGGCCGGACGUGCUCUUCAAGGCGCCGGAGCCGGUGUGCGCCGCGCCCGGGCCGCCACACGGCCCCGCGGGCGCCGCCUCUAACUUCUACAGCGCCGUGGGCCGAAAUGGCAUCCUGCCGCAGGGUUUUGAUCAGUUCUACGAGGCUGCGCCCGGGCCCCCGUUCGCAGGGCCGCAGCCCCCUCCACCUUCUGCGCCGCCGCAGCCCGAGGGCGCUGCCGACAAGGGCGACCCCAAGACGGGGGCCGGUGGCGGCGGGGGAAGCCCCUGCGCCAAGGCCACCCCGGGCUCCGAGCCCAAGGGGGCGGCAGAAGGCGGCGGCGGCGAUGGCGAGGGGCCCCCGGGGGAGGCGGGAGCUGAGAAGAGUGGCGGCACAGUGGCCCCCCAGCGGUCCCGGAAAAAGCGCUGUCCCUACACCAAGUACCAGAUCCGCGAACUGGAACGCGAGUUUUUCUUUAACGUGUACAUAAACAAAGAGAAAAGACUCCAACUCUCUCGGAUGCUCAACCUCACUGACCGGCAAGUCAAAAUCUGGUUCCAGAAUCGCAGAAUGAAAGAAAAGAAACUGAACAGAGACCGUCUGCAGUAUUUCACUGGAAACCCCUUAUUUUGAGAGCUCCAGGAAGCACCCCUCUUCCCGAGCCCCAUUCACCCACCCACUUCCCCAUCAGCCUGCUCUGGGCAGGCCCAGUGUCCUUGGGUUUAAUGACGCCUCUUCUCUGUGGAACUCCACGAUUCCUUCCCACGGUCAACUCGGGACCUCCCAGCGACCACUGCUGCCUGCGGACGAGGCCGGGGACUUGGCCGAAUGGAUCCUAAUAAGGGGAAAAUGGUAAAUGCAAACGUCCCUUUACAAUUUUACCGCCAAUGUGCUGUUGUUCUCCCUCCUUCUCUCAGAGUCCCUGUGGGGACGCUGUGGGAUCUGUAGAGAGUUAGGCCGCUAGGCUGGAAGGUGCUUGUUUUUGUUUUGAGUUUAAGGGACCUGAUCAUCCCCUUGGUGAAUGCAGAUUAUUUAAACUCUGGGAAAUGUAUCUUCGGCCUGUUGGUCUGUCGUAUCAAGGCAUAAGUCACUGUUUUGUGUGAAUAAAUGGUUUCUGGUAAAAUGGA